AUUGCGAAGACGGGAAUGAAUCGCUAGCUGGCGUGGUGUACGGAAAGAAGUGUUUUUUCUCUCUUUCUCGCUUACACAGCUCGUUUGCUAUAAAACAAUUUUCUCCACGUAGCGCGGACAAGAUAUGCACGCAACUGGAUACGGCAACAUUGUCAGCCAGUAAACAAACGGGACUUUUUUGUAUUUUCCGGGGGAGUUUUUGGAAGUACGAGCACACCUGAAGUGAAGUAAAGCCGGAAGAACGUGCAAUUCGAGGAGACGAAUUUGCAUAAUGAUUUAUUAAGAUCACAACUGUUUACAGUCCCCCCCCCCCCCUUAAGUGUGCGUUAACCAAGUGUACACACUUCUACAAGUGCACAGGGAAAGAAGUUUCAAACUCCCUCAACUAUCGAAAAGAAGAAACCAUGACGGAACUGGGGAAAAAGAAGAUAUUCGUCAUAGUGGACGUGCUGUGCGUCGUGGUAGCCGCUCUGCCGUUCCUGAUCAUGACCAUCGUGUUCCGGCCCUACCAGCGGGGGGUGUACUGCGACGAUGAGAGCAUCAGAUACCCCCUGAAGGACGACACCAUCACCCACGGCCUGAUGGCCGCCGUCACCAUCUCCUGCACUGUCAUCAUCAUAUCUUCUGGGGAGGCCUACCUGGUCUACAGCAAGAAGAUCCACUCCAAUUCCGACUUCAACCAGUACGUGGCGGCGCUCUACAAGGUGGUGGGCACCUUCAUGUUUGGUGCAGCCGUCAGCCAAUCGCUGACGGACCUGGCCAAGUUCACUAUCGGACGCCCCCGCCCCAACUUCAUGGAGGUCUGCAAACCCAAAGAGUGCAAGGGCUACAUGCUGCAGAUCAACUGCACCGGGAACCCGCGGGCCGUCACUGAGUCCAGGUUGUCCUUCUACUCUGGCCACUCCUCCUUUGGGAUGUACUGCAUGCUGUUUCUGGCGCUCUACGUCCAGGCGAGGCUUGUGGCGAAGUGGGCCCGUCUUCUGCGGCCCACGAUACAGUUCUUCCUGGUGGCGUUCGCCGUGUACGUGGGCUACACCCGCGUCUCCGACUACAAGCACCACUGGAGCGACGUCCUGGUGGGGCUCCUGCAGGGGGCGCUCAUCGCUGUCCUCAACGUGCGCUACGUGUCAGACUUCUUCAAGCAGAGGCCCCCGCGCUGCAGGAACCCGGACACGCCUGAGGGCGAGGAGCUGGAGUCCAAACCCAGCCUACAGAUCGCCGACGGAGACCAUAACAACCAUUACAACUACCCUACAGUGUGAGAGGGACACUACAGGCGCCUGGUGACUCAACACCCCCCUUACCCCCCACCCUCCAUCCCCACAACCACUGGACUGACCGAGGGAACACAGUCAACACACGCUCUGGUGUCUAUGUAGAAUGUGUGUGCCCUCCAACACAGAGACUGAUCACACUAUCUGUGUGUGUGUGUGUGCGUGUGCGCGUGUGCGUGCGUGUGUGAGCGUGCAUGUGUCUGUGUUUUGCACCUGAUUGCUUAUGUAAGUGUCGCUGUCUCUAGAUUAUCUCUACAAAUUAUGUUUGUUUUGUAUUUUGAGAAAAAGUCACUGUUUAUAUAAUUGGAAAUAUUUUGUGGAGACGAAUGCUUUUCUGUAUAAAAAUGAAGAAUUGAUGGAAAGACAUAGAAAGAAAGAAAUAACCAGAGAGAACAAUUAAGUAAAUGAGGAAGGAAAAGCAACAAGAUGGAAUCAUGUAUUAAGGCAGUGGUCUCAAACCCAAGUCCUAGAGGCCCACCAUCUCUUCUGGCGUUUGUGGUUAGCAUAGAAACACAGUGUUUAGACUCCUUAGCCAAUGAAUGACUUAAAGUUCAGCACUGAAGUGCAGGAACACCAGCAGAUCCAGCAGACACAGCGGCCCUCCAGGAUUGGAGUCUGAGACCCCUGCAUUAAAGUGUUGGACUGGAAGGAGAUAAGCAGUUGGUUCAUUGAAUUUCAUACUACAGAACGCACAGCAAGGUGCAGGGCUGCUCACAAUGUACAAUGGCGACCAGAAGACUUUUAACGCGUAAGUUUGUGGAGUCUUCCUGGUCUGUUAUUUCAUGCAUUAUGACAUAAAGCCUGUUUCUCACUUUUCUUUUCUCUCAGUUUCAGUGAUUUACCCAAACUGAGAUGCAGUGAAGUGUAAACAAACCGAAAUAUAUCUGUGGUGUUUAGGGUGUGAAAUCUGAAUAGAGUUCAGGAGGCGUUUUAGCAUGAAUGGCAUGUAAGUUCUGUCAUGGUGAUGACACGUAUCACUCUGCAGAAUAUGAUUUCAGCUUCCUUUUUAGGUUUAUUUUAGAUUUUUUUUUAUCUUGCCGUAUUCAUUAGAUUGAUAAGGAGAGGUGAUAAUGAGAAAAAUGUAACAUUCCCUUUUAAACUGUGUAACGUUAAACUAUGCAAUACCACUAUUGCAAGCACAAUCACUGCCCAAUGUGGCAUGUAUGAUAUAUUCAGUCUUUAGAGCUGUGUAGCUGCCUGAUAAUUUAGGUGAGGCUUCCACUUGGACCAAAAUAUUUAGGGAUUUGAUGCUGCCUUCUCUAAUUUUUUUGACAUUCAUAUCAUUAUUCUGUUCAACAUUUUUUUUGUUGUUGUUGUUAAAAGUAUGCUACAGAUGUGGACUGUGCAGGUUUGUGAAAAUUAAGGCAAUGUAUUUGGUUGGAAUAAAAACCAGCUCACUCCCACUUGAGGUCCAAGAACGGAGUUGUGCACCCCGGAUAUCUUACUGCACAGAACCUCUCCUUCCAAAUUAUUUUCAGUUAGUGCUUAACAAUAGAAAAAGGCUUCUGACCCUUCGGCUAUUAAAGAGGCCGGACUUGAGCUAGGAUUGGAGGAAAUGCCUAGUACUUAAUUUUGUUCUACUGUUUUUAGUCCCCAGCCCUUUGCAAUUACUUUACUUCAUUCUUUUAGUGCUAGAGAAUUAUUUUGUUUUUUUCUUUUGUUUUUUUUUUGUUUUUUUUGUUUUAGUUUUGGUUAGUGCUGUACAUUUAUUAAGCUAUCACAAUCACCCCAGAUGAGAUCCCACAUGCUAACCUUAUGUAGCCUUAGUCCACUUUGCAUUGGUGUUCAGUUACGGGCGUCUGUGUUUGUAUGUUAUCUUAAGAUACUCAUUCUCUCCAGAGGACUCGUAAUCACCAGAGAUACGGAGGAACUUCAAACGAUGUGAACCGGCUCACAAGCCCAAGAUGGAAACUCAUUUGGACGUGGUACAGUUGGACUUUCUCCACCCCAGCCCAACAUACCUGAGACUGAUAUCUGUGACUUGGACGUUUCUGAAGUUUUUUCACGAUCGGGACUAGCCGUUGCAGACUUUGGACUACAUAUAGCUGUGUACGCCUCUUCUGUGUGUGUUAGCUCACAAGGUCCCCACUAGGAUAUUAAUCUUGUCAACCUGAAAUUUUGGGCAAUAGGCCGGUUCUGUUAGCCUAAAGACAGCGUGAUAACGGCUUGAGUGGCUGCACUGCUCGAUGGUCCUGAGUCGCAUGCAACAAAUGGGGAGACGGCUGGUACCUGUUGCGCAGGACCAUGUGUUUUUGGUUGUGAGGUUUUUGAAGGACGAACGACCAUGGGCCGGCUAAUCGCAAAGAUCUGGGUUAAAACAGAAUCUGCAGGCAGGCAAUUUUAGAAUUCCCUGCCAGGAGAAACCACUGUAAACCAACUACUCGCAGGUAUUAACACAGGACGGUGGCUCGAUGAUCAAAACCAAAAACAAAAACCGUGAAGGUGCAGUUAAGUAUUAGUCUUUCUUUUUUCACUGCCCCCAUGCUCUGAAAUCUGAUCUGCUGGUUUCAGUUUUGUUUUACAUUAUGUUUAACACAGCCUCGCCGGGCCCUGUAUCAUGUUCCCUUGGAUUUUACACAACCUAAAAGUGCUACUUCAAAUGAAUUGGUUCAUAACCCCCUGCUGUUCUCAGAUGUAUCAGCCAAAACCCUGACAUUAAAAACAAAGUUAUUAUGUAUCAUUUAAGCUGAAAGAAUCUCUAAGGCAUAGUUCACACAAAUUGCGCAUAAAAUGAAUAUAAAUUGGCACAUCUUUCUUUGUUAUUCAAAGCUUUACAGUAGGAAGUGAAUAGGUAUUUACUGCAUCUUUAUCUGGCCUUAGUUUCCACCAUUUUGUUACCUGCCAGAGACCAGCAGGUAACAGGUCUGACUGGGAGUAGGCUGAAUAUUGGCAUACUUUUCAAGACAAAUUCACAUUGGCACUUUUCCUGAGAAUGUGAUUAGAGGAUAAGGAAAUGACUGUAUACAUUAGCACUGUAGAGGACAUCAUAUCCAAAACCAGUCUUUACUGGUGGAUCUGACUGUGCUUGAUUAGGGCUGGGUUUUUUUUAAUAUCAUUUUGCCCAGUGAAAAUCCAAAAUGAAGAAUGAACCAACUUUAUUACAAUUUUCUUGAAAAAGAAAACACACCUGGCAUUUCAGCAUUGGUAAACAAAAGGAUAAAUACUUUUAUGUUAUUUUUUUUCCUCCAAUCAUAUUCAUCAGCUUGACCCAUUGCUGCAAUUCUGACCAAUCUAAGCAUAGCUCCUAUUACCGCUCGAGGGUGAGCUCUGUUGCUAUGACAGCCAUCUCAAACUCUCACUCCUCCCUACCUGGUCGAUACUGUGGCCGGUUUUACACUAAGUCCAAUGACACUCCCAACCUCAUAUUGCCUAUGCAUAGCCAGGCAUUGAUUCUGGAUUAAUAAAUACAUGAUUACAAUCCAGGGCUUGUGAUGUACCUACCUUGUGAUGGCACACCAUCAAUGGGGGCUCCUGUAGUUUUAGGUUUUAGUGUGUGAUGUCUUUUUGGGUCUCUUUCCGUUUUAGCAGUCGUCAGUGUUGGCGAGGCAAGAGGAAUGAACAUCUAAUGUUGUUUCUGUUUUAUUCUGUAAGGUAGUGUGUGUCUCGAUAUAACUGCACUACUUUUAACACUACAAAAAUCAGCUUGUACCCAUGUUAAAAUAACUGUAAAUCAUGCUAAUGCACAUUUUCUAGUAUACAACCCUGUUUCCUGUGCCGUAUGUGUUGUCCGUUUCACAAUGUACUCUCUGAUUUCACCCUGCCAUUAAAUUUGGCACCAUUACACAUAUCUUUUCCAUUUUAUAGAUGGCAUAUGCAUAUAUUUUACUGUUUAUCUCAUCUACUAUUGUGCUGCACGUGUGACCAGAGAGAAGGUGUAUGUAAGUAUACAGAAGAACCCGUAAAAAUAGUUAAAUAAACUUGAGUGAUUUAUACUGUG